AUGUCGUUCAGUAACCCCUUCCAAGAUGAUAUAGAAAAUGACGCCUCGUCCAACCACUAUAAGGACUUUCCUGAGUUCGAAACGCUCUCUAAGGCAAUUGACAAUAACUUGCACAAUAUCAAUAAUACCCAGCUCGUUUCUAUGAGGAACUUACUAGGGCAAUACGAAAAGAUACUACUGAAUGAAGAUGCAGCCACGGAAGCCAACGAGUCAAGAGUACCUCAGCAGAUUCUGGAAAUCUCGAAGAAUUGUACUGAGUCGUAUAAGAAAGUGAAUGAAAGUGCCAAAGAGCUCAAUAACUACUUGACAGAGUGUGAGAAGAACCAUGAGGAUCAGGAUUCUUUGCGGUACCUUCGACAGAAAGAAGGUAUUGCGGUGAGCUUGAUCAAGUCUAGUUUACAACAAUAUCGAAGGCUACAGCUGAGGUUCUCGACGUUGCAGAAGCUGUAUGUGAGUAAAGUGCCAGCGGCAAACCAAGACGAAGAACGCACAGCGGAAGAAGAAGGGGCUCCUCAACAGCAGCAAAGCAUACAAAUCACAUAUGAGCCAAUUAAUGCUGAAGAGUUGGAGCAGCAAACGCUUUUGAUUGAAGAGAGAGAACGAGAGAUACACCAGAUAUCGCAAGACACUCAGGAGAUAAACGAUAUCUUCUCUAACUUGCAAGAUAUCAUCCACGAGCAGCUGUUCCAGAUAGACACUAUCGAGGAGAAUGUCAAUAACUAUAGCACUGAUGCUAGGGGUGCAUCGAGAGAGCUUCGCAAAGCAGAAAGGUAUCAGAGGAGGUCUAGCGGAAGAAUGUGCUGCUGUCUUUUGAUUCUCUUGGGUGUGCUAGGGUCGAUUAUCCUCUUGGCUAUUAUAUUUUAA